AUGGCGACAGAGGAGCAUCGACCCGGUGGGCUCCGCGACGACGAGAAAGUCAUCGAUGUCGAGCAAAAUGCAGGGCUCCAUGCGCCCGCGAACGCCCAGGACAGCUCCAACGAGACAUCAACGUUGAGCGACGAGACGAUGCGCGACACCAAUGCGCAAGCCCCUGCCGCGACCGAGUCGACGCCAAACGAGAAUGGCACGACGCCUGCCGCGGGCAAAGAGGCCGGACCGGCGCAGCGAACGAAACUGCAAAUGUCCCUGAUCAUGUUUGCGCUAUGCUCGGCGUUGUUCCUAGCUGCUCUCGACGUCACCAUCAUCACGACCGCGAUCCCGACCAUCGUCGGCCAGUUCAAUUCGCCGUCGGGCUACACGUGGAUCGGCGCCGCCUACCUGCUGGCCAACUCGGCGACGGUGCCGUCGUGGGGCAAGAUCAGCGACAUCUGGGGGCGCAAGCCCGUCUUGCUGACAGCGGUUGGUAUCUUCUGGAUUGGGUCGCUCAUAUGUGCGCUCAGUGUGAAUAUCGGCAUGUUGAUCGCUGGUCGCGCGAUUCAGGGAGCUGGCGGUGGCGGCAUUGUCGUGCUCACCAACAUCUGCGUUGGAGACUUGGUGUCGGUACGUCAGCGCGGACAGUACUAUGGCAUAUUUGGGGUGGUUUGGGCUAUCGCGUCAGCGAUUGGACCGAUUCUUGGUGGUGUCUUCACUUCGAAGGUCACCUGGCGCUGGUGUUUUUACGUCAACCUGCCCAUCAGCGGCGCAGGCUUCGUGAUUUUGGUAUUUGUGCUUAAGCUGCACAAUCCCAGAACAUCGGUACGCCAGGGCUUGGCUGCCAUCGACUGGCUGGGAAGUGCCCUGGUCAUCGGUGCGACCCUCAUGUUCCUAUUCGGCCUGGAAUUCGGUGGCGUCUCCUAUCCUUGGGCCUCGGCCACUGUCAUCUGCCUCAUCGUAUUCGGCAUCGUCACUUUCGUGCUCUUCAUCCUCGUCGAGAAGUACGUCGCAAAAUACCCGGUCAUCCCACUGCGGCUAUUCCAGGACAAGAGAAACAUGGCCGUCUUCGGCAUCUGUUUGAGCCACGGUGCAGUUUUCAUCUCGGGCUCUUACUAUCUACCCCUGUACUUCCAAGCGGUCAUCGGCGCCUCGUCCCUUCUGUCUGGUGUCUACCUGCUUCCGUUUGCCCUCUCGCUGUCUUUCGUCUCGGCGGGCACGGGUAUCUGGAUGAAGAAGACGGGCAAGUACCUGCCCGCCAUCAUCUUGGGCAUGUUCUUCCUGACCCUCGGCUUCGGGCUCUUCAUCGCCCUGGGCGCCGAGGUCAGCUGGGCCAAGUUGAUCGUGUUCCAGAUCAUAGCCGGGAUCGGCGUCGGGCCCAACUUCCAGUCGCCCCUGAUCGCGCUGCAGUCGAGCGUCGAGCCGCACGAGAUCGCCUCCGCCACCGGCACGUUCCAGUUCAUCCGCCAGCUCGCGACGUCCAUAUCCGUCGUCAUUGGCGGAGUCGUGUUCCAGAACGGGAUGAACAGGCAGUACCCGCACCUGCUGGCUGAACUCGGCCCUGAGCUGGCGAACCAGUUGUCGGGCGGCAAUGCGGGUGGAAGCGUGGAGCUGGUCGCGUCUCUGCAAGGACAUGAGGGCACAGUGGCCAGGACGGCGUACUGGAACAGUCUGAGAGAUCUGUGGAUUAUGUACACGGCGUUCGCUGCCGCAGGGCUCCUCAUCAGCCCCCUUGUUGGCCAGCGGAAGCUCAGCAACCAACAUACGGAACAUAAGACCGGGUUGAAGAGUCUUAAACCGGAUGGUGCGGAUGCAGACCGGUCAUCAGCCGAGAAAUCUACUUAA